CUCUCUCGUCAUCUCUGAAGUUUCAUUCACACACGAACGAAAGAAAAAACGAUGAAUGUCCUUUGAAUUUCGAUCUGUAUCUCCUUUUUCUUCAUACCACAAAAUCAUGGACCCUAGUGGAUCGUACCCGGUCUCAGGAGGAGGAGCAACCCAAAUGAAAAUGACGAUUCGGCCCUCCCACUCGCACCACCACUCUGAGAGCAGCAACAGCGACCGCGCACUCGACUGCAACCUCACCUCCCUCUGCGAUCACAUCCAAUCCGAAGGCUUCAACUCCGGCGCCUUCUCCGACAUCCUCCUCCACGCCCUCGGCUCCACCUUCCGCCUCCACCGCCUCCUCCUCUCCCGAAGCUCCUAUUUUCGGAACAUGCUUCAUGGACCUUGGAAGGAAGCAUCUGCACCGGUUGUGACUUUGCACGUGGACGAUAAAAACGUUAACGAAGAGGCCAUUACUAUGGCAUUGGCUUAUCUCUAUGGCCACCACCCUAAGCUUAACGACAACAAUGCUUUUCGUGUUCUCGCUGCUGCUUCCUUCCUAGACCUUCAGGAUUUGUGUGCAAUAUGUACGGACUUCAUUAUAUCAGAGCUUUGGACUUCUAAUUUCUUGGCUUACCAGGUGUUUGCCGAGAACCAGGACUAUGGCAUCCAUGGGGAGCGUGUAAGAAAUGCUUGUUGGGGCUACCUUUGUCAAAGUGGGGGCAUGGAAUUAAAAGAGGUGCUUCCUAAACUUUCAUCUCAAACAUUGCAUGCAUUACUGACCAGUGAUGAACUAUGGAUACCAAGUGAAGAGAAGAGGUUUGAGUUGGCUUUGUAUGUGUUCCUUGCAAAGAGUGCUCAGUGGAAGGCCAAACAUCCUGAACAUGGAAGUUCCAGUUCUGAGUCUGGAACUGAUAUCCAUUCUGAUUCUGAUCACUCUAAGGGGAAGAGUGUAUCUGACGGCUGCACUGAUAAGAGGUUGGAAACUGAUCUAGAGCAAAUGAGUCUUAAAAGUGGUAUAAAGGAUCCUAAUGCCCGUAAUCUUCUAGUUGAGCUUCCAGACUUCAACAAUGCAGCUUCUAACUCCAAUCAACAAAGUGAAGAAGCUUCAUAUACAAGCUCAUCAAACCUGAAACCAACAUACUCUUGCAACAUGGAAGGGCCUUCAUCAAUGGGUGAUUCAUUAUCUGAUACAGAUGGCAUCAGAACAUCAUGUUCCUAUGUUGAGAUGCCUGUUGUUGCUGGAGCAAAUGGUGUGGCUAUGGAAGGGCCAUCUGAGGAAGGAUCUUGCUUCCAUUUGGAUAACAAUAGUUGGAUUGUUAGGGAUCAAUCUAGAAACCGUUUUUCAUCAAAUUCUUCUUCUAGCGGGGUCUCAUCCAAUGAUUGGGGAAGAUAUGGAGCACCAUUUUUUUCAUGGGGUGGAAGAGUUGUUGGCAAAAGACGUCUUGAAGCUCACUCCAAAAGAAACUAUGCAGAUCAUGGGGAUGAAUAUGAUGCAUUUCUUAACAUAUUUGAAGGGGGCUCUCUCUUAUACUGCAACAUGUCUUUUGAGGCUCUUUUGAAUGUCAGAAAGCAACUUGAAGAGUUGGGUUUCCCUUGCAAAGCUGUGAAUGAUGGUCUUUGGCUUCAGAUGCUUCUUAGUCAGAGGGUGCAAGAAAUUGCUGCUGAUACCUGCAAAAGUUGCUCCCUUAUGAGUAUGGCUUGCACCUGCCGGCAACCAUUUACAUUUUCACAUGGAGCUAAUUCCACUGGAUUUUACAUUCAAGAACAUAACCAGAAUAAUAUGCAUGCGAACAUGGGCAAUAUAUAUGUUUCCGAGCCUUCUCCAGGUGAAGGAAAUGGCAUCUUUAGACCUGUACGAGUACAUGUUAGAGGGGCUAUAGAUGGGCUUGCAGGUAUUGGUCGUGGAACUACAUUUGUUCCAGCAGCUGCUUCUGCUCCUACACGAUUUGUCUUUUCUCGUGUACCAUUUGGUGUUGGGAACAGAAACUACCAGCAAUCUGCAGCCAAUGAUGAUUCAGAGAUGCGAACUGAUCACAACGGCGACCUGUCUGGAGAUGGAUUGACAGCUUUGGUUGGAUUAAGUCAAGGUGGGGUUAAUGGAAUAAAUGUACAUGGAGAACUUUCUCAAAGGGGAUAUGAAAUGGACAUGCAAGGCAGAAUGUCUGGAACUGCAGGAGGCCCAAGUACUGGUGGUAUUCCUAUGCAGAUGUUAGAGACACCAGAACAUAACGGUGGAAUAGAAUGGGAGAAUUCAAAUAAUUCAUCUAUAUCAUUGGAUUUGAAAACGCCUUUAAGCCAUUUCCCCCCUUUUCGCUUUGGGGUCCAAUUUGAGGAUGUGCACAGACUCGGUGAUGGUCAGGUUAAGCAUUCUCCAGAAAUGUUCUAUGCUGGUUCUUUAUGGAAGGUCAGUGUACAGGCUUUUAAUGAUGAGGACCCUCAGGGAAGGCGUACACUGGGUUUGUUUCUUCAUCGUCGGAAGGCAGAGAUAACUGAUAUACAUAGAAAGGUGCACAUGUAUGUUGACUCUCGUGAAAAGGUGACUGCUCGCUACCAGUUGAUUUGUCCAUCCAAGAGGGAGGUAAUGGUGUUUGGAAGCUUUAAACAAACAGGCACUCUUCUACCUAAAGCUCCUAAAGGAUGGGGUUGGCGAACUGCUCUAUUAUUUGAUGAGCUUGCUGAUCUUCUCCAAAAUGGAGCCCUAAGGGUCAUUGCUGUGGUGCAGCUUGUUUGAGUUAAACAGGAGAUGAAGUGAUGAACCAUGGUCAAAGUCUUCAUUGUACAUGAAUAAAAUAGGAAAGUUCAGGAGUUGCAUGCGCUAUAUCGAUGAAUAGCACGAGUAAAUGCCAUUUUUGUUUGCAUCUGCCUUAAUAUUUGGAUGAGCAACAAAGCAUCGUCUUCACAUAUAUAAGAGGGCUUUUUUUAUGCUUUCUUAUUUUCUUCAGGCAACUAAAGCACAACAAUAUUAACAUUGUUGUAUGAGAUAGAAAUAAUUAAAAAUAAUGUAAAAUUAUAAUUCGGCAGUGUCUCCAUCAGGUGCUCUUAAUCAACAUGACAUACCUAUCUUGGAUUCAGUCUCCAAAACAUGGGUGACCUACACCUGAAAUGAAUGAAUUUUAACCUGUUUAUAUUGGAAAGCUGAAUGAGAACUACAAUUCAUAAUUAUAGAUU